ACUGAAGUUCUCGAAGUGUCCCUGAACACCUCAGCGGCUCGAGCCGGGCGGGCUGUUUGUUGAGGAACUUUUGUUGUCACGAUUGUUUGAUUGUUGGCAACUUUUCAGCUGAGGACGCCGAAAAAAAACAAACACGACACAAGAAAAGACGCCGUCGAGCGCAGCCUGAGAGGAGCGGCUUCACGGCGGAGGAGAAGGCAUGGGCUGCGGCCACAGCAAGAAGAAAAGUAAGAAAGGCAACAAGUCCACCAAAGAUGGAGAAUUGUGUGCAGGCAAGCGUCGCACACACGUGGCGUUGGAGAAACAACUGGAGCGCUUUGAAUGGCAGCUGACCAUCUUGAAGGAAGUGCUCUCAGCCAAUGGCAACGCGGAGAGGGCGGAGCUUCUCAAGGAGCACGCCGACGAAGAAGUGUGCACCCUCGUGCUUGGCAUCCUGGACAAGGUCAAGGCGGAGACGGCGGCUCACGUCAACGCCGUCCAUCAUCAGCAAAGUCGGAAAGUUUCAGAGCAGCACCAGCUCCACGUGCACGAGAUGCAGCAAGCUCACGAGAAGGUCAAAGGUCAGCUGACUGAGAGGUUCCAGGAGGCUGAGACGUGUUUGAAGGCUGAGGUGAGUGAGCUGAAGGCGGAGCUAGAGUGUUACAAGCAACUGAAGAGGCGUGUCCAAGACUGCACCUUUAAGAAGGAUCUGAUCAGGAACAUCCAGGCGCAUGGCAGCCCAGGUGCAUUCUGGGAGUCUGAGCAGGAGUCGUUAUUGUUCGUCAUUGAGAUGAAGAGCGAGCGCGUGCAGGAACAAAACAGGAAGUUGCAGCAGAUGGAAGAACUGGCGGAGAAGAAGACGAGCGUGGAGGAGCGUCUGGUUCAAGUAUCACAGCAGAAUGAUGAUCUUAGAGGACGUCUGGACAACACACACACUGUCCUACAGCAGCUGUCCAGGGAGCAUCAGGACCUGAAGGUGGCGCUAGAGAGGCAGCUGGCGCUCAACCAGACGCUGGCUCAAGAGAAAGAGCAGCUCCUCUUCAAGCUGUCAGACGCCUGUCCCGCCAUCAACAUGGCUGCCGCCGCCGCCGCCGUCACCGUCACCGUGUUGCCCGAAGUCACCUCAUCGUGACCGUCACACCAUCACACGUUUUGGUGGUGUUUUUGGUGUUUUUGGUGUCACGUUAGACCGGAGGAGACGGAUACAAGUCCUACUUUUAUUUCACAGAUGUUUUACCACGUGAUGAUGUCACGUCUUUUUAAGGGACUUCCUCUUCUCGGGCAAUGCCGACUUGCUUGUAAAUGCUUCAAAACAGAUGUUUAACGUGACGUUUCUGACUUUUUCCAAAUGUUUACAUGUUAGCAUGUAGCACCGGGUCGUCGUGUGCCAAAAAACCCUGUUCAGUGUUGUGAAAAUGAGAACUGUCGUCAAGCACUCGCACUUUUUCACACGCAUGCUCGUAACUUUUUCUUGUGUUCUUCCACUCUCCCAUCGUUCCUUUCAGGAAAGUGUUAGAUGUUUUGGAAGAUCUUUUUGUUACAACUCAAUAAAAAGUUCAAAUAAAAAUGAUUAAUAGAC